AUGGUAUACUUUUACCUUUCAGACCCUAAAUCACAGCCACAGCAGCUUCAUCAGGGACAAUACAGAUCGUCAAAUACUGAGCAAAAUGGAGUAAAAGAUAAUAAUCAUCUGAGACAUCCUCCUAGAAAUGAUACCAGGCAGCCAAGAAAUGAAAAACCGCCUCGUUUUCAAAGAGACUCCCAAAAUUCAAAGUCAGUUUUAGAAGGCAGUGGAUUACCUCGAAAUAGAGGUUCUGAAAGACCAAGUACUUCUUCAGCAUCUGAAGUAUGGGCCGAAGACAGAAUCAAAUGUGAUAGACCGUAUUCUAGAUAUGACAGAACUAAAGAUACUUCAUAUCCUUUAGGUUCUCAGCAUAGUGAUGGUGCUUUUAAAAAAAGAGAUAACUCUAUGCAAAGCAGAUCAGGAAAAGGUCCUUGCUUUGCAGAGGCAAAAGAAAAUCCACUUCCUCAAGAAUGUGUAGAUUAUAAUAAUCAAAAACGUGGAAAAAGAGAAAACCAAACAUCUAUUUCUGAUUAUUUUUAUGACAGGAAAUCACAUACAAUAAAUAAUGAAGCUUUCAGUGGUAUAAAAAUUGAAAAACAUUUUAAUGUAAAUACUGAUAAUCAGAAUCCAGUUCGAAGUAAUAGUUUCAUUGGUGUUCCAAAUGGAGAAGUAGAAAUGCCACUGAAAGGAAGACGAAUAGGACCUAUUAAGCCAGCAGGACCUGUCACAACUAUACCCUAUGAUGAUAAAAUAUUUUACAAUAGUGGGCCCAAAAGAAGAACUGGGCCAAUUAAGCCAGAAAAAAUACUAGAAUCAUCUAUUCCUAUGGAGUAUGCAAAAAUGUGGAAACCUGGAGAUGAAUGUUUUGCACUUUAUUGGGAGGACAACAAGUUUUACCGGGCAGAAGUUGAAGCCCUCCAUUCUUCGGGUAUGACGGCAGUUGUUAAAUUCACUGACUACGGAAACUAUGAAGAGGUGCUACUGAGCAAUAUCAAGCCCAUUCAGACAGAGGCAUGGGAGGAAGAAGGCACCUACGACCAAACUCUGGAGUUCCGUAGGGGAGGUGAUGGCCAGCCAAGAAGAUCCACUCGGCCAACUCAACAAUUUUACCAGCCACCCCGGGCUCGGAACUAAUACGAAAAGGAAACUCUUUGUGAAGAAACAAGCUGGUGAUUAAAACAUCCUGGUGGAAACGUGUUGACCUUCCACUUUCUCUUCAGAAUAAGUAGCAGCUGUGGUGGAUAUUAUUAUUUGAAGAAAGAAAAAGCAGAUUUUAGGGUGGAAAAAACAUUCAACUCACACAAAGAAUGGGAAAAAAUACUGAGUUAAAUAAAGCAAAUACCUUUUACAAGUGAAAGGAAGAAUUUUUCUUCUGCCAUCAAUAAAACCCAUUGUGCUAUUAUUGUU